GAAGGUGAUGAUUGGAAGUCAAGCGAAGCCUAUCCUGAUGAUUUUCUGACCACACACGAACCCGAAGAUCUUGCGCCAGUGUCAAAAAACACCCGGGUUUGUGUCAUAAUCGCAAGCGCAAGCAAAAUUCGUACUUGUGACCGAUGUCGCCAGGCAUUGAUUCGACAUUUUCGGAUGAGGGAAUCAUGGUGGUCUGACCACUACAAAAGGUCCAAUGGAUAUUUUGGCUGUGAAACAACUCGCCAUGCAGGAAUGGUGACCGGAAUCAAUACAUGGGCAUAUUUCGAAGUCAAGCAACUUUUUAAAAAUAGGAACUACGAGUGGAACUCACUCAAUGUGUUUACACGAUGGGUGGCGUUGACUAAACAAACCUUCGUUCUCAUUUUCGACCCGAAUUUUCCUGUCGAAAAAGAAAUUAUGAAAGGAGUCUUGAAUCUCAAUCUCAGCCUUCUAGACGAUCCGUACUGGGUUUAUCCAAUUCUUUUGGACCGCGUGGCCCACCUUCAAGAAUCGGCCGUGUGGUUGAUUCGCCAUCAAGUAAGGGUGAUUGAGAAACGGAUUGAUGUCACUCCAGAAAAUGCGUCGAGUCAAUAUUUUAGGGAGCUCCACGAUAUUGCUCGCCAUGCCAUCCAUGUCAACGAAACUCUCGAUGUUGCGGUACAAUCUAUCGAGUCUAUUCAAAUGCACCAUGCCAACUUGGUGGCUUCAACAACAUAUGAUCCAGAUCCUACGGUCGGCCAAGACCUUCGCGCAGAAUUAGAGUUCUUUCGGGUGUUUAUUGCGAAUCUGCGCCAUCGAUCAAUCUCAAAUGACAAGCGAUUGCAAAAUGAAAUCCAGUCCGCGUUUGGUAUUACCGCCAAGCGUAACGCUGAAACCUCUGUUGAGAUUGGCCGUGCUGCACGGAUGGACAGCGCGGCCAUGAAGACAAUUGCUUUAGUUACAUUGAUAUUUUUGCCGCCCACUUUUAUAUCUUCUGUCUUUAGCAUGUCUUUCUUUCACAUCGACGAUAACAAUGCUUGGGGCUUGUCAAACGAGUUCUGGGUCUAUUGGGUCUUUGCAGUCCCGAUAACUGUUGUCACUGUCAUUGUCUGGCAGCGCUGGCAGCACUGGCAUAAUUCAACCCUGGGUCCUGGCUACAUGAAACCAGACAGCGGAGGAAAUUCUCUAGAUGGGUCAAAAUUGGCUACUUUGAAGCUAGUGGAUGAAAAUCGGGUGUAA